CGGCCGGAGCCCCACUGCGCAGGCGCCGCGCUCGGCACCAUGGCGGCGGCGUUGCUGCUAUGGCGCGCGCUCCGCCACAGCUCGGGGCCAGGGUCCAGGCGCUUAUGGGGUCUACUCUCGACCAUGGGCCCAGGCCUCUCAUCCGGGGCUUGGAGCAGGCGACCAUAUACGGUCCGCGGGACUCCGGUUGGCACUGCUGCGGCUGAAGGCCAAGCGCCGCAGAACUUGCUAUUUCGAAUACUGACCCCUAGCUUUGGAAGUAUUAGCGGAUUGUUACUGAAACAGCAUAUAGUGCCAAAUGCAAUCAGACCAUGGCAGCUUUCAGGUAGUACUUACUAUUUUAGCACCUCACGAAUGAAACAGAAGAAUAAGGACAAUAAUAAACCCAAAGGCAAGGCCCCUGAAGAUGAUGAAGACAAGGUUUCUCUGUGUAACCUCCCUGGCUGUCCUGGAACUGGGUACCUUGAAUUGAAGACCAGAGGAUAUGAAUUUAAUUCCCAGCACCAACUGCCUGAAAUUCUAGUUCCAGGGGAUCCAUCCAUCACCUUUUUUGGCUCUGCAGAUACUGUACUCAAAGAGGAGAGGAGACGAAAAGAGCGGGAAGACCAGAUGUAUCGUGAGAGGCUGCGCACCUUGUUCAUCAUUGCUAUUGUGAUGAGUCUGCUAAACUCCCUCAGUACCAGUGGGGGCAGUAUUUCCUGGGCCGACUUUGUCAAUGAGAUGCUGGCUAAAGGCGAGGUGCAGCGUGUGCAGGUGGUACCCGAAAGUGAUGUGGUGGAAGUCUAUCUGCAUCCUGGAGCCGUGGUGUUUGGGCGGCCUCGGCUGGCCUUGAUGUACCGGAUGCAGGUUGCAAAUAUCGACAAAUUUGAAGAGAAGCUUCGAGCAGCUGAAGAUGAGCUGAACAUCGAAAGCAAGGACCGGAUUCCGGUUUCCUAUAAGCGAACAGGAUUCUUUGGAAAUGCCCUCUACGCCCUGGGGAUGACAGCAGUGGGCUUGGCCAUUCUGUGGUAUAUUUUCAGACUGACUGGGAUGGCAGGAAGGGAAGGCGGAUUCAGUGCUUUCAAUCAGCUUAAAAUGGCACGUUUCACCAUCGUGGAUGGGAAGACAGGGAAAGGAGUCAGCUUCCAAGAUGUGGCAGGAAUGCAUGAAGCCAAACUGGAAGUCCGAGAAUUUGUGGAUUAUCUGAAGAGCCCAGAACGCUUCCUUCAGCUUGGUGCCAAGGUUCCAAAGGGUGCCCUAUUGCUGGGACCUCCUGGUUGUGGGAAGACGCUGUUGGCCAAGGCAGUAGCUACAGAGGCUCAAGUGCCCUUUCUAGCAAUGGCUGGCUCAGAGUUUGUAGAGGUCAUUGGAGGCCUGGGAGCUGCCCGUGUGCGAAGCCUCUUCAAGGAAGCCCGGGCCCGAGCCCCUUGCAUAGUGUACAUCGAUGAGAUCGAUGCUGUGGGGAAGAAGCGGUCCACCUCCAUGUCUGGCUUCUCCAACACAGAGGAAGAACAGACCCUCAACCAGCUCCUGGUCGAGAUGGACGGAAUGGGCACUACAGACCAUGUCAUCGUCCUGGCAUCCACGAAUCGAGCUGAUGUUUUGGACAAUGCUCUGAUGAGGCCUGGGCGACUCGAUAGGCAUGUCUUCAUUGAUCUUCCCACUCUGCAGGAGCGGCGGGAGAUUUUUGAGCAGCACCUGAAAGGCCUGAAGUUGACCCAGCCGAGCAGUUUCUACUCCCAGCGACUGGCAGAGCUGACACCAGGAUUCAGUGGCGCCGACAUCGCCAACAUCUGCAAUGAGGCUGCCCUGCAUGCUGCACGGGAGGGGCACACAUCUGUCCACACGGUCAACUUUGAAUAUGCGGUGGAGCGUGUCAUUGCCGGAACUGCUAAAAAGAGUAAGAUCCUUUCCAAGGAGGAGCAGAGAGUGGUUGCCUACCAUGAGUCUGGCCAUGCCUUGGUUGGUUGGCUGCUCGAGCACACAGAAGCUGUAAUGAAGGUCUCCAUAGCACCUCGAACAAACGCUGCUCUGGGCUUCUCUCAGAUGCUCCCUCAGGACCAGUACCUCUUCACCAAGGAACAGCUGUUUGAGCGGAUGUGCAUGGCGCUAGGUGGUCGCGCGGCUGAGGCCAUCUCAUUCAGCAGGGUGACCUCUGGGGCCCAGGACGACUUGAAGAAGGUCACCCGCAUUGCCUACUCCAUGGUGAAACAGUUUGGGAUGGCACCUAGCAUUGGGCCUGUCUCCUUUCCUGAGGCACAAGAGGGCCUCAUGGGCAUUGGACGGCGUCCCUUCAGCCAGGGCCUCCAGCAGCUGAUGGACCAUGAAGCCAAACUGCUGGUGGCUAAGGCCUACAGACACACUGAGAAGGUGCUGCUGGACAACCUGGACAAGCUGCAGGCGCUGGCGAAUGCCCUUCUAGAAAAGGAAGUGAUAAACUAUGAGGACAUUGAGGCCCUCAUUGGCCCACCACCCCACGGGCCAAAGAAAAUGAUCGCACCACAGAAAUGGAUUGAUGCUGAAAAGGAGAAACAAGCCUCGGGGGAGGAGGAGGGUCCGGCUCCCUAGCCCCCACCUCCAAGGCCCAGCUCCACUUUCUUCGACUGCACCUGCAGUUAAUUCAGAACUUGUUGGCCAGCUGCCAUCAGCCUCUGAGAGUCUUCUCACCUGAAACUUGAAUCUCAGCCUCUGUCGGCUCUCUGGUUUCUCAUGAAGACUUCUGAUAUCUAUUUAUUGAUUCAGGAUUAGUAAAUCGUUGGCAGAGACAACUGAC